AUGGGACAAGAGAACUGGACAGUGGUGACCACAUUCGUCCUCCUGGGCUUGUCCCCUGCCCACGAAGUCCAGCUCAUCCUCUUCUUCCUCUUCCUGCUCUUCUACAUCAUCGUCCUCCCGGGCAACAUCCUCAUCAUCCUCACUGUCUGGGGUGACCCCCGCCUAGACUCCCCCAUGUACUUCCUGCUGGCCAACCUGGCCUUCCUGGACAUCUGCUACUGCUCUGUCACCCCCCCAAAGAUGCUGGCUGACUUCUUCUCUCGCCACAAGACCAUCUCCUACAGGGGCUGCAUGGCCCAGAUCUUCUUCCUCCACCUCCUGGGGGCGGCUGAAGCCUUCCUCCUUCUCACCAUGGCUUAUGACCGCUAUGUAGCUAUCUGCCAGCCCCUGCGCUACACCAGUAUGGUGAGCAGGGGGGUCUGCUGGGCCCUGGUGGGGGCAUCUUGGGCAGGGGGCUUUAUUCACGCCAUUAUCCUGGUAGGGUUGAUCUCCCAGCUCCCGUUCUGUGGCCCCAACGUCCUGGACAACUUCUUCUGCGACGUGCCCCAGGUGAUCAAGCUGGCCUGCACCGACGCUGUCCUGGUGGAGAUCCUGACCUUCUCCAACAAUGGGCUGGUCAUACUGCUGUGCUUCCUUCUCCUCCUAGUCUCCUAUUCCCUCCUCCUGCUCAAGCUCCGGGCAUGCUCUCCCCGGAGCCAGAGCAAAGUGGCCUCCACCUGCAUCACCCACAUGAUCAUCGUCUUUGUCAUGUUCGUGCCGGCCAUCUACAUCUACUGCCGUCCCUUCCACACUGUCCCCCUGGAGAAGGUGGUAGCUGUGCUGCACACUGUGGUCUUCCCCCUCACCAAUCCCAUGAUCUACACCCUCAGGAACAAGGAGGUGAAGUCAGCCAUAAGGAGGAUGGUUGGCAGAUAUGGGUCUUAG